UUCAGUAAUGUCAACAGCAAGCAGCUUCAUUAAAAGCCACCAUGUCGUUUGAAAACCUGAUAAAACAUCUGCAUCACUGCCUUAUCACUGAAGAUCCAGCAUCUGAAAAUGGCUGCCAGAUCCUCCAGCAGUUUGUCAAUAAACUGUCUGAAUCCUCCAGAAGCAGAGUUAAACGGAGCAAGGAGCGCAGUUUAGAGGAGGCAGUCCAGCUCCUGAAGCAAAUCUCAGAGGCACAGCUUCGUGGCAUGGAGAAAGAGCAUCUCCUGCUUCUGGUCAGACUCCUCUUAUCCCUGCAGCUGGAGAUGGUCAGCAUCUCCACAGCCUGCCGUAAAGUGGACCAGAUGCUGCAGCAUUUGGCAGCAAAGGUGAAUCACCAAUUGGUUUAUAAAGAAACCCUCCAGAGUUUUCAGUCUAUUGUCCACAGUGAUCAGGUUCUGUCUUUGCAGGAUUUGCAGAGAGCAUGCAUGUUCCUGGAGGACAGUGCAGUUGGUCGUGAGGUUUGGCGAGAAUCCUACAUGUCCAUGCUGCAGAGAGUAUCUGAAUCCCUCCCUGUUGUAUUACAAGAGGAAUCUCAGAGAGAUGGGCUGAACUGUUAUAUUACUGUCAAGGUGUGUUUGCAAGUGUUUCAGCUUUUACCCAGUAAAGUUGCUCCUCUGGUGUGGGAGGAGAACCACAGCAAGGAAGCAGUACAGAAGAUCCUGCAGGCUCUUAUGGACAUCAUAUUUGGACAGUGCUGUAACAGGGACACACGUCUUUUGGCGGGCACAGCUGUGGCGAUGCUGAUUAACACGGCGUCUGAGAGCAGAGUUGCAGGAGCUGCAGCCUGGGAUCUGCUGCAGGCCUCUUAUCCACAGCCCUGCCAGCUGGCUGUGGGGGUUCUGCAGGUAAGAUGCCACCCUGCAGGGAAGGACGGAGUGGAGCGUUUGGCUGUGAGCAGAGGCCUCCUCACUUGCUGUCCCCCUCACGUCUUACUGAGCCCAAACCAGAACAGCAUGCAGACCUGUUUACUGCUGGACGGCUUGUUUCCUCUUGUUUAUGCGCUGUGUGAGGAGAAGCGGGAUUGUCACUACUUGGCCUUUGAGGUGUUAACACUGUGGCUGAAGAAAGUGAAAGAAUGUGUGACGGAUCUGUGGAAGAUGACCGGCGCCCGCCUCCUGCCUGACGACAGCAGGCUGCUGCAGCAACUCACUCACAUCGUUUGGACCAAUGCAGAAAGCCCAGUAGAAGGGGUGCCUGAGUUUGCGAGCAGCGCCUUUACUCUGUUGCUGAACCUUUAUGCCAUGGACUGUGAGCACUUUUGUGACACCAAGAAGACCUUUUAUUUUACUCUGCUUGAGCGCUUAUUGAAACUACCUUGGGAGGCAAAAGCCAAAUAUCAUCGCCUUUGUGCUCUGCUGCCUUAUGUGGGAGCUGAUACGAUGCUGCCUCAAUACACUGAGGUAUCCAGUCAUCUUUUGAAGUGCCUGUCGACCAAUCACUUGUCCCCGUGUGGCUCAGAGUUUUAUAAGUGUCUGAUCCAACAGCAGAGGCGAGAGCUUCCUGCCUCGCUCACUGAGCUGGAUCUGGCCGGGCGCUGGGCCAAGAGCUGGCAGCCUUUCUUGCUGGAGGCGUUGACAUCUGAAGUGACUCUUCUACAGACCAACAGCUCAACACAUUUACUGCCCUGCACCUUUCAGGUUUUCUCCUCUGCUGUGCAUCAUCUGCUGGCCUCCCUGAACCCCCACAGGCCGGGCCACCUGCACGCCUGGGCAUGCAUCCUGAGCUCCUCUCGAGCCAUCAGCGGCUGUUCUCCUUGGGAUCUGCAGGGUAGCUCCACCUUUAAAACACUGCAGCUGGCUCUCGGGUCUGCAGACGACAAAACCCGUCUGGCUGCUCUUAACCUGCUCUGUUACAGCUCAAAGACCAGAGAUAUCCCAAGCACAGAGGAGAUGAAGAUACUGAAGGAGUUUAUUCCUCAGAAUCUGAAUUGCGAGUCCUCACCUUUUCGACAGCACCUUCAGGCUGCAUUGAGAAGGUUUCUGGUUCGUAUCAGAGAUGGGUGCUUGGCACACAUCAGAGAAGUAAAGGGCAAAAAGAAAGAUGUCAGCCAUGAAAGUAGAAAGGAUCUUCUGGAGCAAGGGAUUGGCUUUGUGGAGUGGUUAGGUCAGCUUCCAUACAGCUUUCUCUCACCUGGACACAGCUAUCAGAGGAAGAAGACGGCGCUACUGUUGCUGUCUGCAGUCCUGGAGACUUGCACAGAUACCUGGAGCCCUGACAAGAAGAAGGGACAGCCACCAGGAAACAUAGGACUUCUUAUUGACUGUGCCAGACAGAGAGGACAGUGGGAAUUUUUCAGCAGAACCAAGCAGCUGCUACUUAUCAGCUGUCUUGAAGAUUCUACAAAUGAGAUCCGGGAGCUCUCGGCUGGCAUGUUGUUGAGAUUUUUUCCUCCUGGUUUCCCUGCUGACAUCGCUGAAGUCCUGGAGACGAGGAGCAGGCAGCUUCUGUGCAGCCCGCGGGUGCAGGAGGCUCAGAUGGGAGCGCUCAUGAUGAAGAUACUCCUCCAGAAUUGUUCUUCCUGUAGGUCAGGACAUCGGUGUGAGGAAUGCAGUCUUAGCUUCGCUGCCAACACUGGAGGGAACCCCAAAGCUCUUUGUAUGGUCAGAGUCCUGCUGAAGGAGCUGGAGGAGCAUUAUCUGACAGCCCAGGCAGAUAUGAUGCUCUCUACCAGAACCAAGCCUAUACACGGAGUGUUAUGCGCUCUUCAGAGGUGUCUGCUUGAGGCAGCUGAUGAUAUCUAUACCACACUUGACCACAGUCUGAUGAUUAACUUGUUGGAACUUCUGGAGAAUAUUUCUCUGCUGCUGCUUGCGGUUCUGCAUGGAGACCGUGAGGCUUGUGUCACUGGAAAAUAUGCUCCACCUUCCUUUUGUGAUAUGGGAAACGCCAUCAGCUCUCUGAUAUCCCAGCAGUCUGGAUGUAACCAAACAGAUGAAGAGGAUUGUGUCCUGCUGUCUGAAGAGCACAGUCUGGUUCUCACCUGCUGCUGGGUCUCUCUCAAGGAAACCGGAAUAUUUUUAGGUUCUUUGGUGGAAAAAAUUCUCAAAGAAUCCAAACAACAUUCUGAAUGUCUUCUAACUAAACAAGAUUUAACGAGGGCAUCAAAAGUAUUCAAGGAUAUUCUUCUAAAAUGCCGCCACUGGGGGGCAGUAGAGGGCUGCUGUAUAGGCUUCACAAAGUUCUGUACCUCUCUGCUGAGCAGCAGUGAUCCAGACCUUAAAGAUAUUCCCGCACAGAUGCUGAAAGACGGAUUGCAGGUUGUUCAGUGCCCUCGCUCUACGUCUGUGACCCGACGGGCUGCAGGGUUGCCCAUGUUGAUUUUGUGCGUUCUGUCAGCAGAGGAGGCCAGUAAGACGAGGCCACUGUUAGCCUUCAGUAUGCAAACCCUUCUGGACACAGCAAGACGCCCUCUUGAUGAAAACUGGGACCAAACCCUGGACCUCCCACAGGUAUGUGCAGUUCACACUCUGCAGGCGUUGGUGCGUGGAGCAGGUUUGGGAGCAGCUGUUCUUCAGUUUGCUCCUGGUGUAGCCAUACUGUCUCUGACUCUGCUCAGAUCUCCCUGCUGGGCCAUGAGGAAUGCCGCUCUGCAACUUUACAGUUCUCUCUGCUCUCGAGUGCUUGGCCAGCGGUCCAGCAUUGUGGAGGCCGGCCCCACCCAGCACAGCAUGUCCCCAGCUGCCUUUUUCUUUCACUAUCCUGAGCUUCAACCUUUUCUCCUGGGCGAGCUGAGAGGCGAGGCACAACACCUCCAGAGGCUAACCGGGGGGGCAAAGCUGCAUCUGCAGCCCUCAUUAUACCUGAUCCUGACUCUGCUGGCCCAACUCCAACCUGGCAUCCAAGACUCAUCAGAAGCUUUGUUGGACUUCUUGCCUGCAUUGCUCCAGCUAUCUGCCAGUCCCAUUUAUAGUGUGAGAGUGAUGGCCUCCAAAGCUCUGGUUGCCAUGACACCACCUUCAGCGUACAUGGACCUCCUCAUAAAACUGACCUCUAAGCUCCCCGGUCCACAAGAGUCCUGCUACCACAACCGGCUCCACGGCCAGGUGCUACAGAUAAAAGCCCUCCUUGACCGAGCUCUCAGCGCAGACAGUGUCCUAUCUGACGACCUGCGUGAGGUGGUGAGCAGGAUACAUGCCUCGAUGUGGUUGGGGACCGCAGCUCAGCGCUGCCCCCUAGUGAGAGCAGUAUACCUCAGUGUGGCUGACUCUCUGAGAAAGCAUUUCUGUGAGACCUUCCUGAUGCAGCUCAGUGACAAACUCAUGCACGAUCUACAUACACCUCAGCAGGGUCUUCAGGUUGGCUUGUCAUCCUUCCAUCAACAAGCUCUUAACUUCCUCUGUACAGAUCCAAAGUGGGCUUGUCAAAUCUGGGAGAAUUUUUCUGCAGCCCCCCCUGAACUGAGGCUGUCAUUGGUCUCGUGGUUGCAGGACAGGUGGGGUUUGAUGCAGACUGACAUGAAAGAAGUGAUCCAGAGGGUGUUGCAGUCAAACUUGAAGGAAGCUUUGUUGGGCGACAGUGUGGAUUAUCGCACAAGGUACCUUGCAGCUCUGAUUGCUGUGAUAACUGAUGGUGGCUCUGCUUUACCUCAGCCUCUUUCCAACUCAGAGCCUUGUUUGUCCGAGUGUUUGCAUUUGUUACUUCAGGACCUAGAGGUCCAGAAAGGUGGACCGGAGUUCCUGUCUCAGGCGCUAAAUGCUGCUAGUCUACUGCUUUCCCAGUGGUCAAAUUUCAGCCUGAAGACAUCUAUACUUCAGCGUUGGUGCAGCGUCCUCGAAUGUCAGCGGACUCCAGAGGCCCCAGAAGUCCUCAGAGUAAUGUGUAGUGAAGUUCUUUGUGCAGCUGGAGUCCUUCUCAUCAACACCCUCAGAGAACACAGCUCUCUUCCUGCAAUUAUGAUGAGGUUGAUCAACACAGGCCUGUACCUGCUGCAAGACCAAAGCCCGCAGGCGAGGCAGAAAGUUGCCCGUUUUGCCUCUUUGCUGCAUCAUUCAAGACAAGGAGACAACCAGAGCAGUGUUUACAUCAUGCAGAUCAACAGAGCUCUGCUGCUGCUCCUGGACCUGCUACUGCAGGAGUGCUGGGACACUCCUGGCACACUGGAGUUGCUGUUGUCCCACCUGCCUCAGACUGACCUCAUAUCAGUGCUGAAAGAAGCUUCAGCAACAGGAGGGACUUCCAGCCUGUAUGAGCAGGAUGAGGUGAAUGUGUUUGCAGAACCCUCCAUCAUGUCUGCACACAUGCUGCCCUACCUGCUGCAGAUGGCUGACAAAUCCUCCCAAUCCUCUGCUUUGGCACAGACACUGACGUCUUGGGCAGAGGAGAAUGUUGCUCAGGUUCUGGAUAACCUUACAGCCUGUGAGCAGCUCCAGCCAGCUAAAACAUUCUCUCCCUCUUGGCUGGCUCUCCUCAUGGAUCCCAGUUUCCACAACGCCCUGUGUGGCCUCCUAACCAGAGUUGCCUUUCUUCUUCAUCUGCUGAAAACCUCUGCUUGUAUACGACAUCUUUGUGAUCCUUUAAGCAUGCAGAUGCGUUUGCAGGCAGUUUGUUCUCUUCUCAGUGAGAAUGGUGUUCACUUUCCCCCUGCUUUAACAGCUGCUGUAGCUGCUGGAGACACACACACACUCUUAGAUGAGGAUUGCAGGUGCUGAUGCUGCCAGACUUCAGCCCUUCAUAAACUUAUGAUAGAGCUAAAUGUGUAGAGUUACUUGUUUGUGUCUUCAUUUGCUUUGUAGGGAAGAGACCCACUGGGUGGGUGAAGCUUUAUUCCUUUUUAUUGGAAUUAUAAUCAUGGAAAACUGCAGUCAGAACAAGAGCGCCAGGUCAUUUCUGUCCAUUUUUGUUGUUGUGCUGCUUUCUACAGCAACAAUAGCAAGGCUCAGACUGAUGUAGUGAUGUAAUGCAACAGCAUCUGGAAAUAUUGCCUGCUUAGCAGCCAGUGGGGGAUGUGAUAUGUGGUUUAAUUUUCCAUUAGAGGCCAUCUGAUUGGAUAAGUAUCCCUUUUCUCAACCACUCGAGAGCUGAGAGCUGGCUCUCAGGGAUCUGAUUGAGAUCUGGUGGUUGGCCUGUAACAGGCCGCAUAUUAGAGCAGUCUUACGUCAUCAGAUAGCCCACUGCUCAAGAUUGAUAACCAUCAGGAUUCAAGAAGUACAAACGUUGAACUUCUUAGUGGCAACGUUAGAUGAUUGGUAGGUUUUUAUCAGAGAAAAGUCAUUUCUUAUCGUAGAAAGAAAGAAGUAAUAAUCGUUUUCUUUUACUUCACUUACUCAGUGUAUGCAAGGUUUGUUGCACCAUUGAGUACUUCACAUUAGACAACAACCUAUGACAUUAUGUUUGUGUUAAUGAUUCUUACACAUAUCUUAUGCAAGGUGACCUGUGACCAGCGCUAAGUCCACACCUUGUGUGCAGUUACUUGACCCGUAACGGAACUGGUCUUUUUUUGAUGAAGUCUAAAUACUUCAAUUCAAUUCAAAAAUACUUUAUUAAUCCCAAAGGGAAAUUAAAUGUUGUUAUAGCUCAUAUUAUGAAGGUUUCCUCAAAGAGCCGUUGUAGAUGCUGAUGGCUGUGGGCAGGAAGGAUCUCCUGUAGCGCUCCGUCUUACAGCAGAUCUGAAGAAGCCUCUGACUGAAGACACUCUGUUGUUGUAGGACAGUCUCAUGAAGAGGAUGCUCAGGGUUCUCCAUACUGUAUGCAGAACUAGUCAUAAUUUAACUGAGUGUAAUUUAUUAACAUCUACAUGGGGUUUUUAGUGAUAAAAAUGUAUUCUGGAGGGUUAUUGGCUGUUCUGCACAAGAAUGGGGAGAGAAUUUGAUUUCAUGGAUAUAAGUAAUAGAAAGAGACUCACAUCAUUCUGAUGCAAAAGUAAAUAUAUCCUGCAUUCAUUUUUGACAGCUUAACAAAUGCCAUAUCAUAUAUGUUUAUUGUAUAUUAAAGAUAUUUUCAUAGAUGAAUGUGCUAUAACAGUGUAUACUAAUUAUAUUUUACAUGGAUUUUUGCUUCCUCUGUCUAAUUUACGAAGGAAACCGGAUUAUGUUAAGGUUGUUUUUCUCACUGAAACCAGACUUUUAUGUCUGAAUAAUCUUAAUUUUCCUGAAGGCGUAGUGCGUAAAAGUGGAAAAUCCAACCAUCUGGCUGAUAAUAAAGCUUUGCUACCAGAGAGUAUGCAGACUCGUAGCAAACCUACGUCCUGCUACUUUACUGAUUAACUAGGGCAGCAUGGAGAAAGGCCAAGUGCAGAGGGUGCAGCCACUGUAAUGAGGCAUCUGUGCCAUUUGGAGCAUGAAAGGAAUGUUUAUGCAAAAAAUAAAGGCUACUGUUGAAUGUUUUUAUUGUAAAACUCAGUAUGUGUCAUUUUUUUUUAAUAUCUUGUGCAUGUUGAUUUAAGUAAAAGAGCUGUUUCUGAGUUAUGGUUUUGGAAAAUGUUUCAUAACUGUUAGCUCUUCCGUGAUUACUUUUUACUGGCAGAAAGUGACUUGUCACGUAUCUUAUAAUAAAAUGUGGAGCAGCGUUUGCUGUGAAAUUCUAUAAUCUUGUUUGGUAUUUACGAAUUGCAGUAUUUUAAUGAAUAAAGAAAUAAUCUAAUAGAAGUGAUCGAACUUUUACUGAAAAAUUUGCCAGUUUUUUAAACUUAUUUGAGUCAUUUGUGCUUUCUUUUUUUGUGAUCUAUCAGUGUGUCCUCGAGCAAAGUUUUAAAAAUGUCAUAUUUUUGUAAAAAAAAAAAAUGCUUCUAUUUUGUUAAACAUGUGCUUUGCAACUGUUCUAGAGACUCUGACAUAUUGCAUUUAAAAUAAAAGUUAUGCCUUAUGAGGUAAAACUA